CAGGGACUUCAGCUACCCGCUGACGCCCUCGGUAUAUCGGCGGAAGAUCCUUAUAGGUUGUAUUACAAUGCGCAUCCAGUGUCUCUCUGGCUCGUUUCGAGGCUGAAAAAGGGAGACGGGCGCACGUAUCUGUUAAGGAUGACCGCCUUGCGUCCUCCACUGCCAUCAUUCGCCUGUUUUCCAAGAGGAAAGAGGUUAGGGAUGGACUUCAGGACUGCAAAGGUGUAGCCUUUAAAUAUGUUGUCCGUUCUGUUCUUCCUCGAUGUGCCUUCUUCCCUUGGUUAUUUCGACUCACCUGAACCAUUCAGGGAUGUUUCUUUGCGUUAUCCGCUUGGAGUACUCGAAGCCACAAUCGAAGUUAGUGAGGCGAUCGGAAGCUCGGAGGGCUUUCUGUUUUCCGAGUGGCGACCCUGGCCUCGUACUCCGGAAGACGCUGAUCGCAAUGAGCCCCCGCCGCUGUAUCUUGUCGACAAGCGUGAUGGCGUUGGUGAGACUCUGGUCCAACGCCAAGAUGAAGCUUGCGGCAGCGGCGCCCUGGCUUCCUCAAAUCCGGCUUCUCACGUAG